UUUGCACUAAAGCAUUUGGCCAGAUGAUUCUAUGGCAGAUCUAAACGCCUCUGUAAAUAUAAAUAUAUAAAAUAAACCAUUGCAAAUGGCGAGCUUAGAAAAGGACCAUUCAUAUUCUGGAAGUUCACAGGAACCAGUGGCCACAGCUGAGGAGUAUGCAGUUCCAGAGGUUGUCAUCACACGCCGUUUGAGAGACCGAGAGCUUCUCAGAAAAAGGAAAGCAGAAGCAGAGGAAAAAGAGACUCACCAGUGGGUUCUGGGGGAGCACAAAAUGAGCAAACCAGCAAAACGGGGAAGAGGGACCAGGAGGGGCCGUGGCCAGCGCCAGGCUCUGGAAGCGCAGGCAGAGCCGGCAGAGGAAAAGCAAGAGGCGCCAGUGACCAAGCUGGAGGAAGAACCCACAGUCACUCUGGAUUUCCAGGCAGAGCCUCCCAUGCCCCUUCUGGGAAUGGAUGAGCUGUACAUGCAGCAGCAAGAACCCGAGGCAGCCCCAGCUGAAGGGGUUGUUUCCCCAGUGGAAGAGGCACCCAGCUCAGAAGAACCUGAAAUCCCCCUGUCCCUGGAAAAUGAUCAUGUGGACCAGGAUUUCUAUGGUUGUACUUAAUUUAAAAGUUGGGGUACAGAUGGUAAUCGACACUGUUUAACUUGAAACACUGUUAAAAUAUAUGAUCUCCUACCUGUGUGAGCUAUAAUUCUUCCUGAGCAAUAAAACUUAGUUCUGUUUGGUGUUA